GCGCAGUGACAUCACAUGUGUGCGCCGGAAAGAGCCUCGCUUGGUGAGCGGUACCGUUCUGAGGGGAUCUGAGCGGCGUCGGAGGCCUAGCCAUGGCGGCCCCGGGGAUUCCUACUCCCGGGCCCAUGGCGGCAGGAGGCGGCGGCGGGAAGAGCGGGGAAGAACGGCUGAAGGAGAUGGAGGCCGAGAUGGCGCUGUUCGAGCAGGAAGUGCUGGGAGCACCAGUCUCUUUGCCUCCAGUUGCUCCAGUGGUAGAAGCUGUCCCAGUUGCUCUGGCGGUUCCAGCGGUGUCUGCAGUGCCCCCAGUUCCUGUCAUUCGCCCCAUCAUUGCCACCAACACCUACCAACAGGUCCAGCAAAGUCUGGAAGCUCGAGCAGCAGCUGCAGCCACAGUAGUAACACCAAUUGUGGCUCCUCCAGUGCCAUUUGUGGGCCCAGCUGUUCCUCCACAACGGCCUCCUAUCCUCCGCCCAACCUUUGUGCCUCAUGUUCUACAGAGAUCUGGUGGUCCUCGGCCCAUGUCAAUGCGUCCUCCUCCUCAUCACCAGUCCAUGGUAGGCCCUCCCAUGCCAGGUCCCCAAGGCCCACCAAUGUUAAUGGGGCCACCAAUGCAGAGAGCACCUGGCCCACCCUUAGGGGGCAUAGGACCUAUGAGACCUGGUCCUCCUGUUGGGCCAGGGAUUCCUGUUGGCCCUUUGGCUCCAUUGGUGCCUGUUCCUCGACCUGUGGUGGCCCCUCCAAAAGUGAACCCCACUGUCAUACAAGCUGCUCCUACUGUUUAUUCUGCCCCACCAGUGAAGAAGCAAGAGGAAGAGCACCGAGAGCCCCCACCACCUGUGGUGGAGGAGAAGGAACCCAUUGGGCCAGAGGAACCAGUGAUUGGUCCAAGCAUGCCAGAAGUGGAGCCCGUCCCGGUGGUAGAUGUGCGGAGCCUUCCCCCUCUUCGUGGGCAUGACUUGGUGCCUGCACGAGGGAAGCGGCCCAGAGGAACUGACACAGGAUUUGUACCUGUUGAGCCUGUAGUAGAGAGUACACCAGAAGACAAGAAGAAAACAAAACAGGAAAAGCUGAAGCGCUGUAUUCGCACUGCUGCUGGGACAUGCUGGGAAGAUCCCAGCCUACUUGAAUGGGAUCCUGAUGAUUUUCGAAUCUUUUGUGGGGACCUGGGCAACGAAGUGAAUGACGACAUCCUUGCACGCGCCUUCAGCCGCUACCCAUCCUUUCUGAAGGCCAAGGUCAUUCGGGACAAACGCACUGGCAAGACAAAAGGAUAUGGUUUUGUCAGCUUCAAAGAUCCAAAUGACUAUGUCCGGGCCAUGCGUGAGAUGAAUGGAAAGUAUGUUGGAAGUCGACCUAUCAAAUUACGUAAAAGCAUGUGGAAGGAUCGUAACAUUGAUAUCGUGCGCAAAAAACAGAAGGAGAAGAAAAAACUGGGACUGAGGUAACCAAGUGGAGAUGGUGGCAUCUAUUUUUCUUCCGCUUCCCAAUAUUGCCAAUAUCUGGCAUCUCUGAAGACGUUUAGCCUCGCCCUCUGCUGGGAAGGAUGAACAUCAUGGGGAAACUGCCAACUGAAGAUUGGAGGCCUCUUGUUGCCUUCCAGUCUGAGGCCUUCCGUGUACUGGAAAACCUGUGUGGUCACAUGUGUCUCCCAAGAUCUCUAUAGACUUAAUAGUGGCUUUCAAGGCUCACUGUGAAAGAGCUGCACAACCAGUAGUCACUUCUGAGAAUAUUUUUCAGUGAUCAACAAUUUCUGCAGACAACAAUGUUGUAAACAAAUAAAUAUGUGUGUAGCUUUUUACUUA